AUGUCACUAAACAAAUUCCCAACCCCCACAACUGCAAAACAAAUUUUCCGUAGUACCAACACCGGCUAUGUAGCACGUACACUGAUGGACCAGGUUGAAAGAAACUACAAAGAAUACACCGCAAACUAUGACAUACACAGGGAAAGAGGCUCUGAUGCAUCUUGGCAAAAUGACCAGGAGCCACCACCUGAGGCUUUGGAUUUCAGUGAUGAUGAAAAAGAAAAAGAAUUUAAAAAAAAGAAGAAAAAACCUCAGACAAAACAAAGAUUUGAACAAAAUCUGUUAAACAAAAAUGCCGAAGAGCCUUUGCAGUGUAGGUGGCAACACCAGGCUCCUCUGAGACAAGAGAGAGGGUACCAGGGCUGGGGAUACAACUGUCUUUCUGAACAGGAAGGCUUUCCAAACCCUGCAGGCAGAGGAUUCUCCUAUUCAAGAGGGCCAUUCAACCUCAACUCUAACAGACCAUUCAGACCUCCAGGUGUCCCGCCCUAUGACAACAGAAUGAUGCCGCCUCGGCCUCCACCACCACGCUCUUAUGACCAAGGAAAUGUUAUGUUGCCUUGCCCCUACCCACCACAAUUCCAGCAACCAUGGCCCAACAAUAUGCCUCCAUUCCCACCUCCUCCUCAUAUGAGUAUGCAUUGGCCAAACCAUGAGAUGGCCCCCCCUCCACUGUUGCAUAAUGUGCCUUUUCAACCCCCUCCCCCUCCCCCUCCCCCACCUUAUCCAGGCUUUCAUUUUACACCUCAAAAUUAAUCCCACAUGACCGAUCUACAUGACUGACAUGUAUUGUUCCCCCUUUUAGUGGUCAUAGAACUGAAACUUCAGGUUACCCAAGUUUAUUUUUAGAAAGAAAAAAAAAUAAUUAUUAAAAAGGGUAUAUUUGUUUUCCUUGGAAGGUGAGGUUUACACAUCUUCCAAAUCGGCUUUCUUUUCUAGGUAGGUCAUAUUAGAAUUGGAUCACUUUCAUCUUUCAAUGUGUACAUACGAAUGAAGGUAACUGCACAUCAGACACAUCUAAUAAUAUCUAUUUUGUGCUAAAUGAGUAACAUUCAACCUUUCUUGUUAAUCUGUUAUGAUAUUGGCAAUUUAUGUUUGCCAAAACAUAAUGUACACGUCACUCAUUAUGCAUAAAGUGCUAUUUAUCGGUAGUUUCAUUAAUAAUUACUUAUGUAUUCUGUGUAUUGUUCCAUUAUAGUUUCUUGUAAUAUGAUAAAACUUGAAACUUGCAAUAUGUUGUUAUUAACCAAACGUUAUGUAGA